AGAAUACACACAGGAGAGAAGCCUUACCACUGCUCCCAAUGUGGAAAGUGUUUCAACCAUUCAGGGAAGCUGGAACAGCAUGAGAGAAUACACACAGGAGAGAAGCCUUACCGCUGCUCCCAAUGUGGAAAGUGUUUCAACCGGUCGGGGAAUCUGAAACAACAUGAGAGAAUACACACAGGAGAGAAGCCUUACCACUGCUCCCAGUGUGGAAAGUGUUUCAACCAAUCGGGGAAGCUGAAACGGCACGAGAGAAUACACACAGGAGAGAAGCCUUACCACUGCACCCAAUGUGGAAGGUGUUUCAACCACUCGGGGGCGCUGAAACAGCAUGAGAGAAUACACACAGGAGAGAAGCCUUACCACUGCUCCCAGUGUGGAAAGUGUUUCAACCAUUCAGGGAAGCUGAAACAGCAUGAGAGAAUACACACAGGAGAGAAGCCUUACCACUGCUCCCAAUGUGGAAAGUGUUUCAGCCAUUCAGGGAAGCUGGAACGGCAUGAGAGAAUACACACGGGAGAGAAGCCUUACCACUGCUCCCAGUGUGGAAAGUGUUUCAACCAUUCGGGGAUGCUGAAAGAACAUGAGAGAAUACACACAGGAGAGAAGCCUUACCACUGCUCCCAGUGUGGAAAGUGUUUCAACCAUUCAGGGAAGCUGAAACAGCACGAGAGAAUACACACAGGAGAGAAGCCUUACCACUGCUCCCAAUGUGGGAAGUGUUUCAACCAGAGAGUACACCUGAAACAACAUGAGAGAAUACACACAGGAGAGAAGCCUUACCACUGCUCCCAAUGUGGAAAGUGUUUCAACCAUUCAGGGAAGCUGGAACAGCAUGAGAGAAUACACACAGGAGAGACGCCUUACCGCUGCUCCCAAUGUGGGAAGUGUUUCAACCGGUCGGGGAAUCUGAAACAACAUGAGAGAAUACACACACAAAAAAAAGCUCUGUAAUGGAAAAUGUUAAUUGUUUGUGUGUCCACAUAACUGAGUAUGUGA